GCGGAGGCUUGCUCGAUCGCCAGCGGGAUUUUCCCCGCGCUCGUGCGAAGUGGUUCUGAUGUGAGCGCGAUAGAGUCUCAUCGGUCGAUCCGCCACCCAUUCCUGUUCAUCGUUGAAUAAAUUCUCGUCGCCCUACCACCGCUGUCGUGUUAGGAUCGCUCUCGGUUGGGUAUCCGAUUCGGUGUUGUUCCGAUCUGGCUGCUUAGAACGAUGGGAGGACGACAGGUGGUUCUGGAUCUCGGCGGCGCGGAGAUUCGCGGAGAUUUCGAGAAGAGGAAUCCACCUAUCGCCCUCCCUAAGCAACGCCUGGAUUCGUCGCUUCUGGCGCUCGACAUCGGGGGGACUUUGAUCAAGCUUGUGUACUUUGCGGAUGGAUUGCUGCAUUUUGUGAAGUUCGAGCGGAGGCGCCUUCAUGAGUGUUUCGAUUUUAUUCGAUCCAAGAAUCUUAUAAGCGGGAAAGCAUUUUCUCCAGAGCUGUCAAAUGGACAUGUAGUUUCUGUAGGAUUUUUGAAUGGACAUGCAACUUUGAAGGCUACAGGUGGUGGAGCAUUUAAAUUUUCUGGCAAGUUCAAGGAUGAUCUAGGUGUUACACUUGAAAAGCUGGAUGAGAUUGAUAGUGUUGUAGCCGGAGCCAACUUUUUGUUGAAGGAAAUCCCUGGAGCAUCUUUUACUCAUAUUGAUGGAAGAAGGAAAGUUGUAGAGAUUGAUAAAAAUAACCUAUAUCCCUAUCUCCUUGUCAAUAUAGGUUCAGGUGUUGGUAUUAUAAAGGUCACAGGAAAUAGGAAGUUUGAACGGGUAACUGGUACACAUAUUGGUGGUGGUACGAUAUUUGGUUUAGCAAAACUAUUAACAGGUUGCUUAAGUUAUGAUGAAUUCUUGAAGAUGAGUCAACAAGGGGAUAAUCUAGUGCUUGACUUAAUUGUGAAAGAUAUCUGUGGUGAACUUGUUAGUGAAAAGCAAGGUCUUUCUUCAUCAACCCUUGCUUCAAGCUUUGGGAAGGUGAUAGCAUCAAAAACGACGCUUUCAGAUUACAAACCCGAGGAUCUUGCUACUACGUUGUUAAGCGCUUUUACUUAUAACAUUGCACAAAUUGGUUUUCUUGUGGCAGCACUCUUGGGCCUUAAAAGAGUUUUUUUUGGAGGAUCAUACAUUCGUGGACAUCCAAGCACAAUGGACAACAUAUCAUAUGCUAUUAAUUAUUGGUCAAAGGGACAAAUGGAAGCAACUUUCUUCCGUCAUGAAGGAUUCUUAGGAGCUCUCGGUGCCUUAAUGAGUUACAAUGACCAUGAUACUGAAGAUACUGAAAUGGAGUGUGAUCAUGAACCUUCAGCAAAUAUGGAUGGAAACUUAACGUCUGAACAUAACGAACACAGCAUAUUUCCAUAUCUCCUUGUCAAUGUUGGCUCAGGUGUUAGCAUGAUUGAGGUGAUUGAAAAAUGGAAAUUUCAGCGUAUUAUUGGGACACAUUUAGGUGGCGGUACUAUACUAGGCCUUGCAAGGUUGUUGACAGGGUGUACAAGCUACGCAGAGUUAUUGGAGUUGAGCCAGAGGGGAAACAAUCUAGCAGUAGACUUGACUGUUGGAGACAUAUAUGGAGAGCAAGGUUACUCAAAGCAUGGCCUUCCAGCAUCAACAACCGCAUCAGCCUUUGGUAAGGUAACCUCAAACAAGCUUUCAGACUACAAAGCAGAGGACCUUGCUGCAGCUCUCUUGAAUGCUUUCACAUACAAUCUUGGACAGAUCUCCUGGCUGGUGGCAAAGCUUUCUGGACUCAAGAAAAUAUUUUUUCGAGGAACUUACAUAUGUGGUCACGAACAGAUAAUGGACAAGAUUUCUAGAUCACUUAGAUACUGGUCAAAAGGUCAGCUGCAAACGACCUUUUUAUGCCAUGAAGAAUUUCUUGGAGCUGUGGGUGCAUUUUGGAGUUAUGAGAACAUGGGCAUAGACGAGUUGGCGACUAAGGAAGUCAUAAAACAAGUUUUGCUAGGAGCUCCAUAUGUAGGAGAAAAGUCACCAUCUUGGUCACCAAAAAAAUUAUCAGACAAUUUGCGUCAGAAGGAUGAUCAAAUGACCUCUCAGAUGGAACUGGAGAAGUUAAGACAUGAGAAUACGGAGCUAAAAGAUGAAGUGACGAGAUUGCUAAAAGAAAACGCUGAACUGAGAGCCAAGUUAGAGGAGUCACAUGAUAAUAACUUGCAAAAUUCUUGCAAGUAAACCAUGUCCAUGCCAGCAAGAAACGAGCUCUGUAUCAAUAAGCAAAUGAGAGAAAAUCCUAGAGCUUUUCUCUCUCUCUCUCUCUCUCUCUCUUUUUUUCUUCUUUACAUUUUUAUUUGUAUUUUAUUUUAUCUUUUCGUGAGAAACUUGUAUCUCAAAUAUCAAUUAUUCACUAGAAUUGGGAGGCCAAAUCUAAAACUAUUUUUUAAGAUGUAGUAACUCAUUUGUAUUUC